AUGAAGCGGACUACUCGGAUCUCUGCUCUCCGCACUCUCCCAAGUGAGGCUCAAGUGCAGAACCUUGACCAGACUGCUCGCGUCAUGAUCACAACCGACUCGAAAUACUUUCAAUGCGCUUGUUAUUCGAGUAUACACAGGUCCCUCCCAAACACCUCAAUCCCCAACAACGCUCUGCUCCUCCUUCUGUCUCAUCUCACGCGCCGCAGUCUCGAUGUGAACCAGGAACCUGCCAAGCAAGCUUCAGCUCGCGCCUGCUGCAUCCUUGCCACAGCUCACCUAUCGAGGCUCCUCUUUGAUGAGGUCAUGGCUCUCUUCCAGCGUCGUCGAGACCACGUGCACCUGCGCUAG